AUGGCCGACGGACUGAAUGAAGCACGAGCGCUCCGAGUAGUGGAGAUCAUGAACGAUUUUCGAACAAUACAACUGCAUAUCGCAAGUCAUGUCUCGCGUGCACAAGCAAAUCCUCCAGACCAUCAAUCUUAUUAUACUGAUGGAUAUGUUGUACUUCGCCAAUGCAGCAUAGAGGCACAAACGAUUCUGGCAUCACAGUUUGACCCGGGCAGCCUUGGUCUUGCUGUCAGCAUAGGUGAAAGUGAGGUGCAGAAGGCCUCGUUGCAAAGAAUCAUUCUUGAUGCUUCCACACGUCGCUUUCAAGCCCACAAGACAUAUCUUCGAGCAGCAGCUGCGACUAGAUGGGUACAGUCCCGGUGGCAAGUUCUUCGGGGCGAACCACCAUCUUCGAAACAUGCCAGUGCUUUGCGGAUGGUAGACCAACGACUUGCAGAUGAGCUUUCACAAAUAAUCGACCAGCAGGUUACCAGCAAUCUUCGUGACGCCGAUCGAAGAGCUGGUCAUUGGCUUGAUGAAGAUCCUUCUUUAGAACGAAUGCUGGCUUGGAUCAGUAUGCAACAAUCGAGUUGA